AUGGCUGCAGGUAUAUCAAUAGUAGUAAUAUUACUGAUGUUGGUAGAUCUUAUAUUCCAAUCAUUUGGUCAUAUAAUGUACAGACCAACAUUCUUAUUCAAAAGUCAUUCAUCGAUAUCAAGUUUCCUCAAGUCGAUUACUCAUGGGGUAUUCAUUAAAUUAGAUGUCCCUGAUAUUUGUUACUAUGGAACAUCUAUGUUUCAAUAUAACUCCCAGUUCUUUGCUGGACUAAAUUCUGACCAGGCACCUUGUGGAGGUUACAUUUUUCACGUGGAUCCUGUCAAAAACACUUCGACAAUGUUGGCAACUGUCUCAUUCGACAGUGAAAAUAUCAACUAUUUUACAAGUUUUGUAUUCGAUAAUAUCAAUGGCUAUCUGGCCUUAAUUUCUACCAACGUAACAAAUUAUAACAAUCUUGAAAUUUGUAUGGUCAAUCUCAACACCUAUGAGGUUAACCAAUAUGCUAUACCCAACAAAGUGGAAUCGAUCAUUACUUUAUUGACCAUAGGAGGAUAUUAUUAUUAUUUAAAAUUGAUGGGGAGAAAGGAUUAG